AUCUUCUUGGUAUUUCGAAAAUACAGCUUUGUAAACAUGGCAUCAGGUGAAGAGGAUCAAGAUGUAUUUGAAAUUACAGACUUUACCACUGCUUCUGAUUGGGAAAGGUUUAUAGCUAGAAUAGAAGAAAUUUUCCAUGAAUGGAAAUUACCAACUUUACAACAGGAGUGUCCAUUGAAAAGGGAAGAACUUACAAAUGGCAAGUGGGAAGAAGCUUGUGAAGAUGUAAUGUUUGCCAAUUUUAGAUUCUUGAUGACAAGGUACUAUUUAAAACGGGAUGUAGAACCUGAGAUAAAAAAUGAUGAGCUGGAAGAUCAAGUUGAAGAAGUCUUGUCUAGUGCAAUAGAAGACAUCAUAUCAAGAGAGAAUGAUUUUCCAGCAAGAGCCCAUUGUCUUGUUAGAUGGUUUGGGUUAAGAGAUUUUAUUGUUUUAUGCCCAACAGUCGGCAAUGACAUUAUAGCUAGUGAGAACCGAGCUAAAAUUCUUCUGAGUUCCUUGUGUAUAGCCAUCAACAAUACAAACAGUCAUGUUCCUGUCUUUAUUCAACUAAGUCAGCGUAGUCGCAGGUUUUUUCUUGGGAUCUGUGAAGGAGGUGGUAUACGCACUAAUUUUGAAAUGGUUCACUUAAAUAAAGUACCACAACACUGUAACCAUUUGGCUGGACUGUUGAGUGUGUUCAAAGGAAAACUUAGUUGUCCACUUCAGUUGAUACCACCAGUGGAUGUAACAAUAAGAUUUACUUAUGCACUUCAUGAAUGGUCUCCAUAUAGCUGGCCACAGUCACCACCUGAUAUAAGCGAUAUUACUGAGGACAUCACUCCAUCUUUACUUGGAAAAUUGCCCUUUGGUGCUUUAGAAGACCCAAUUGUUGAACUUCUUUUGUUUACCACCUGGCCCUGUUUGUCAGAGGAUAUUGUUGUUGACAAUGACAUUCAUAGUGAUCUGGACCUAACCCAAGCUCCUGCCUGGGCAGUGAAAGUAAGAACGAAGGAUGAACCAGCAUGUUUGUUAGGUGAAUUUUUAGAAGAAUUUGUUGCACUUUGUCAUCGUAAAGAAUCACAGCAACAGCUGCUAGGAAAACUGCCUGGAGAAGAAUUUGAUGAUUCUAAUGAGAUUAGCCAAGCCUUAAACAAACUUGCCAGACCACAUCCUAUUCCUGUAACUUUACCAAAUCUUUCUGCUGUUGUGUCUAAAGCUCGACCCAACUUGCAUAAGAAAAGUGAAGUUUCUUUGAUUGAUGACAGUCUUCUUGAUAAAAUCCUGAUCUUCUUGUUCCCAAAUUCUGUAUCAACUUUGACUGGUGACCAAGGGAGUGAGAAGAAUGAUGAUUUUCAAAACUGUGUGGAAGAAAAAGAAAUGCUUCCUGCUGAGCUAGAUGAUCACAUUCGAUCAUUUAAAUCAGCACCACCUGAUAGCUUGACCUGGAGGCUAGCUCUUGCUAUGUGUCAAGUGAACCAUAGUUAUGGUGGUAUUGCAGCUGUUGCUCAUUUGUGGCAUGAGUUUGUACUGGAGAUGAGGUAUCGCUGGGAAAACAACUUCACCUUACCCUGCUUGGAAUGGGGUGCUCCCAACCUGGCUUAUUGUUUACUUCAUCAGAAAUUACAGAUGUUAAAUUGCUGUAUUCAGAGAAAAAUAGCAAGAGAAUGGCAACGAAACCAGCAAAGUUUUCCUUCUACAGCCAGUGGUAGUGCCAUCUCUUUAUCGCCACAGAAAACAGAGCAGAUGAACAGCGAAAGUGAAGAUGAAGAAGAGUUUUUUGAAUGUGAAGAUGGCAAUGAAAAUUCAGAAAUCGAAUCAUCUAUGGAUAUAGACAGCUCUCCUUCAUCAGAAGUUAGUGUAAACAAGAAAAUGCAAUUGCAACCUGAAGGUAGGUUGAGGCAGUGUGGUAGUUUGACACUUCUUCUUUUGGACGAACCUCUUUACAUUCCAGUCACACAGGAACCUGCCCCAAUGACAGAAGAUAUUCUUGAAGAACAUGCUGAAGUUCUUGUCCAGCUUGGCACCAAUCCAGAGGGUGCUGCUUUAAGAGCUAGGAUGCAGAGUGCAUGCCUGACAUCAGACAUGGAAGCUUUUAAGGCAGCUAAUCCUGGAGCUUGUCUUGAAGAUUUUGUCAGGUGGUACUCUCCUCGAGAUUGGAUUGAAGAAGAGGUUUAUGAGGAAGGAACAAACACAACUCGUAUUGAAGGUCAUCUCAGCCCACGAAUGCAGGUUUCAGGAAACAUGUGGCAGGAAGCUUGGGACAAUUCACGGCCUGUUCCAGCACGUCGACAAAAGAGGUUGUUUGAUGACACCAAGGAAGCAGAGAAAAUUCUUCAUUUUCUUGCCUCCCUGAAACCAGCAAUGGUCGUUCAUCAUUUGCUACCAAUGGUGAUACAUGCUGCAAUUUUGUUGCUGGUUGAUCAUAUUCCUGAGGGCCCCAGAUCCCUGUCUCAUACACUGGAACAGAUUGCUGCUAAAGCUGCCAGGGUCAUAAGAUCUUCAGAACAUAAAUAUGAGGAGAUCUUAAAACUUAUCUGUCAAGCUGAAGCAAAUGUAGCUUGUGCCCAGUCUUUGAUGUCCAAAUUUUGCCAAACAGAGUCUAAGAUGAAGUCAGGUUCUGGUGAGAGUGGUUUACCACAACAAGCUGAGAAGAAAAAAUCUACAAAGUUAAAACAACUUGGAACAUCAGAUGAGACUGAUGAUGAUGGUGUGUGGGAGUUUGUUCUAAAUAUUUUAGAGCAACCAGAAGUAGACGUCCCUGGUGCUGGUAAAGGAAAACUGGGAAAAUUAUUGCGUCGAUUAUUUGCUGAAGCUCAAAUGAGUACACACCUGGAAGGAGAUGAAAAACUAGAGUUCUCUGGUGGUAAACAUCACCACUAUCCAAUGAUUCCAGAGUUCCCUCCUCCAGUAGGACGAGAGUUUAUCUUACGGACAAAGACCCCACGCCCUGCUUCAUAUUCCAACCAUUCACCUCAGCGAAUGUAUUGUGUUUUAAGUCCAAAUGAGUUUAGACUAGGGGGUGCUUUUAGUGAAGACACUACAUUUCAAUGAAAGUUUUAUUAUUUGAAAUAUAUUAUAUUCACACCCAACUGGAAAAUAAGAUACCCUUUUGAUAAUAUUAAAUUUAUUUAUGCCUAUAAAUUAAAAAAUAGUGAGGUUGUCAUAUUAUAGGGGAAGUCAACCUAAUUGAAAUGGUGCCACAAAUUCUUUAAAUAAAUUUUUUUUAAUACAUUAAUUGUGGAAAAAUUAUAGAAUGUUGCAGUAACUUAUUCAAAAUUUCUUCUCUUGCUAUGCAUGAUUAAGAUAAAGAACUUUAGCUGGUAUGUGUAGUAUAGUAAGAAAAGAACUUAAUAACUAACUUAAUGUAUAUGUGUGCAGGAAAGGUUUUUAAUGACAGAAAAAUAUACAUACAUAUAUAUAUGACAUGUAAUCUUUAAUUCAAUUAUUUAGCUUUAAUUUCAAGAUGAUGUAAUAGCUGCUUGUAAAUGUGUAACAUACUGUAACUGCUUUGUUAUCAUAUCUACAUAUGUUUAAAAUAGUAUCCUGAUUGAACUUCCUUACAAGAUGUUAACACUAUUUUGGUAGGCAUUUUAACUAAAAUCAUCCGGUAUAUAUCAAACAGCAUUUACAAAGGUUUUUACUCUCAAGCAUUAAAAUGGUAAUAUAAUAAAGAACUUCUUGAAGUAACAAUUAUGAUGUAAUGUGAAUAAUUUUAAUCUAUUAACUGUAGAAUUAUGUAUUUAUUAAUAUUUUGUUAAUAAUAUUACAUUGAUAAAAAAAAUGGUUAGUGUAUUUAUAAAAAUGUAGUUUGCAAACAUAUAAUUCUAAAAUCCAGAGUUUGUUUCACAGGCUUGGAUAAAUCUUAGAUCGUCCAUUAUGUAACUUUGCAUUUAAAAACAGGAACAACAGUUAAAAGUAGGGUUUUUCUUGCAAAAUUAUGCAGUAAAAACUAAAAUAAUGUUAUGAUAUACAUUUUUAACAAAUGUACUUUUAACUUUGUAAUUCAAUCUAAAAACGGUGGGUUUGAACACUUCAAUCACUUAUGUACACCUUAAUCAAAAUAAUGUCAUCUGCGAACUUCGAAGAUGCUAAUGUAAUAACGUAACCAUUCAUUAGGGACUUAUAUAACUUAUGAAUA